GGUGCCUUCUGGAGACAUCUGAGCCUGCCGGGCCUCCAGCCAAGACCUUUGGCGGUGACCACGUUUCGGAUAAGCUGUUUCAGGCCCUUCCCGAGGCAGGCCAUGCUCACGCUCACGGCCUCUGACAGCGAGGAGGACGUGUGUGACGAGCGCACCUCCCUGAUGUCCGCCGAGAGCCCCACGGCGCGCUCCUGCCAGCCGGGCCAGCCGGGCCCCGAGGACGGAGACAGCGCCGCCCAGUGGAGAAGCCAGGAGAGCCAGGAGGACCACGAGGAGGACGCUGACCGCUGCGUGUGCCGCGGGGUGCCCGGACGGCCUCCAGGCGUGGAGGAGGAGCUGACCCUCAAGCAUGGGGCCAAGCACGUGAUCAUGCUGUUCCUGCCGGUCACCCUGUGCAUGGUCGUGGUGGUGGCCACCAUCAAGUCCGUGCGCUUCUACACGGAGAAGAAUGGACAGCUUGUCCUGCGGCCGCCCCGUCGCUCUGCUCACAGCCUUCCGCACUGGCGCGGCUCUUCUGUCCGCUGCCCGGGGAGCCCGGCCCCGAGCGUCGCGGCCGCUCCUGUGCUUGCUGGCGGCCGGCCGGAGAGCGCUCCUGGCGUCUCGCGCCCGUGGCCUGUCAGGUGGCCGCCUGGCACCUUCCAGCCCAGUCUCGGAGGGGCCCAGCGGGGAAGGGUUUCGGCUGGGCUGUCGCCCGGGCGUCGCGUGAUGUGGGCGCGCCCCGGGGUCACUGCCUGCCUCUGUGUCCAGUUUAUCCACGGCUGGUUGAUCAUGUCCUCGCUGAUGUUGCUGUUCCUCUUCACCUACAUCUACCUCGGAGAAGUGCUCAAGACCUACAACGUGGCCAUGGACUACCCCACCCUCUUCCUGACCGUCUGGAACUUCGGGGCGGUGGGCAUGGUGUGCAUCCACUGGAAAGGGCCGCUGGUGCUGCAGCAGGCGUACCUCAUCAUGAUCAGCGCGCUCAUGGCCCUGGUGUUCAUCAAGUACCUCCCCGAGUGGUCCGCCUGGGUCAUCCUGGGCGCCAUCUCGGUGUACGAUCUCGUGGCUGUGCUGUGCCCCAAGGGCCCGCUGCGGAUGCUGGUAGAGACUGCUCAGGAGAGGAACGAGCCCAUUUUCCCUGCCCUGAUAUACUCCUCUGCCAUGGUGUGGACAGUGGGCAUGGCCAAGCUGGACCCCUCCUCCCAGGGAGCCCUGCAGCUCCCCUACGACCCAGAGAUGGAAGAAGACUCCUAUGACAGUUUUGGGGAACCUUCGUACCCCGAAGUCUUCGAGCCCCCGCUGCCCGGCUACCCGGGAGAAGAGCUGGAGGAAGAGGAGGAAAGGGGCGUGAAACUGGGCCUCGGAGACUUCAUCUUCUACAGCGUGCUGGUGGGCAAGGCAGCGGCCGCGGGCAGCGGGGACUGGAACACCACGCUGGCCUGCUUCGUGGCCAUCCUCAUCGUGAGUGGGCUGGGCGGCCCGGGCGCAGCCUCCGGGGUUUGCAGCCCCAAGAUGCGGGGAGAUGGGGACGAGGAGCUGCUGAAGGAGGCUGAGGGUGUGGGGAGUCGGGUGCUCAGAGAGGAUUUCAGGGGCCAGCCCCAGCGGCUCCCCCCACCCCCACCCCCGCAGUCGGGGUUCUCUGUGCCCCCUCAGCUGGUGGUGGCAGUGUGCUGUGUCUGCUUGCGUCUCUCGGGGAAGGAGGGGAAGGCAGUGGCAUGUUACGAGCGUGAGCCUCCGGCGGCUUCGGCGGUGGGCAGCCGGGAGUCCGGAGGGGUGAGCCCGUCUGUUGAGGCCUGGGGCAGGCGCGGGCAAGGCGAGUGUGACCGGCCCUUCGCGCCCGACCCCAAGGGUUUUGGGGUGGGUCCUGGGCCCCGUAGGGAACUGCUUCGGGAGUGGACGCUCCCGUGCUCCCUAAACAUGUUUGGGUUCGGAGAAGAGCGCACCCCGAGUCACGCCCUGGCUCUGCCACCGGACACGGGGCCGGACAUUUGGACCGGCUGUUCCUAG